AUGUCGCUCACCAGCUCCGCCGCUGUCUGCCAAGCUACUCCCGGUAACAAGCCGUUCAAUUUCGUCGCUCUUCCUCUCGAGGUCAAGGAGCUUAUAUACAAGCACGCUCUGUUCGCUGGUGGCCAUCUCAGGACCAAACUCUACGUUCCUACCGAAAUUUCCGACAAGAACGCACUUCAGAACUCUUUCCCAGCGAUUUGUUUCACCAACAAACUCGAGCGCAUCAUCGCUUCCCGACUCUACCUGCGAUACCAAACAAUCUCCAUGGACAACAGUAACGACUCACCAGUUCUUGAAGCUUUCCUAUCACAGUUCGGAGAAGCCAAUGAGGGACUACGAUGGUUGAAACAUGUUCAAUUUGCCUAUUACGGAGACUUCUGUGACGACUUCAGCAAAGCUAUACCUUUGAUCAAGGUGUGCACCGCGCUAAAGACAGUUGUAUUCAAAAUGGUCUCACCACAUCUUUAUGGAUGGUCGAAACGCGGACCGACAGAGAAGAAACUUAGCACCAGUGCUGAGAUCUUCGAGCGUCUGCAUCUACAUGGCUUGGCCGACUGUGGUCAUUUGACCAAGGUUCGAUUCAACGUGUUUAAAGGUCGUCGUGCGGAACUGGAGGGCUUGAAGGAGUUGAUCCAGGACUUUUCAUGUGACUUUCUGGCGUUGCACGGAUCGACAGCUUCCAAAAAACUCGAUGUCGGUAUCAUGGAUGAGUAUGGUUUGAUAUGGGUGUUGGAGCCGCAGGUAUGA